GUCGGCCACUCAACCUCUCCUUGAUAAUAGGUUCUCAAUUGCGCGCUGACUUUUCAUCAUCUCACUCGAUAGAUCAACGCCUCAGGUGCUGGAUGGGGGAUCUCCUUUGGUCCUCGCUCUGCUCCGUCUACGGUUCAUCUCAAGUUUCCGGUGCCGACUGCCGAGAAAGCGUAGAAUCGGAUCUAUUUUGGAUAGAUCUUGUUGCCGAGGAUUUGGGAUCUCCUCUUUCUCGGAAAAGGAAACUAUCGACUCACUCUCAUUUGGGAUCUCCUCCCUUUCCAACUUGGGAACUCUUUGCCGGGGACUGACCGUCUGGUAGCUUCUAUUGGGAUUUCCUUUCUUUCCAAUUUUGAUUUUCAUUUUUUCAGCUGAAUUCUGUCGCAGUUCUAUUGUUCUAAUGUCUAUGAAUACUUUCUUUUCCUGAUGGAUUAAAUAUUUUAAAAAUUAUUGAACUAAGAUGGAUUUUCAUUUUUUUUUUCCUUGAUUUUCAUUUUCAGGUGCAGUUUGUGUUUGCGAGUUCUCUUGGAAUUUUGCUAAUCAUGUGGUAUAGCCUUUUACAUUGGUUUUUGAGAAGAAUUUCUGUAUGAAUUAAGGAGUUAUUAGCUUGCCUAAUCCCAGUUCGAUUUCUUAAGCUAAUGAGUAUUUGAGAUUAUACUUCUUUGCAUCUUUUCCCCUGAAUGUCUCUAUGGAUAGCUUGUUUUUCCCUAAAUUCCAUAAUUAAGUCUAGAGAUCAAC